AUGAAUUGUCAUCGAGAUGACAUGGUAGAAAAAAAUAAUGUGUCUGGAAUUGAGUUUGACUGGGUCAAGAAUUCUACUCAUUAUAAGAAUUGGUUGAUUGAUUCCAUUGAUAAACUCAAUUCUAUACAACUUAACACUUAUAAUAAUGCUGUUAAAUUAUUACAAAAACGUAAAUUUGAAUAUAAGAUUCCAAGUUUUAAUGAUGAACUUUGGCUUAUUAAAUAUUAUUCAUUUCAAUUAUCGCAAUUUGUUAAUUCAAAUAAUCUUAAACCUUCUGUUAAAGAAACAUCAUUAGUAUUGUUUAAUAGAUUUUAUUUAAGACGUUCAUUACUUGAAUAUGAUCCAAGAAUUAUAAUGUUUACUUGUAUUACACUUGCUACUAAACUUGAAGAUAUGUGGCGUAGUGUUUAUAUUGAUAAAUUAUUAUAUAAAAUUAAUAAUCUAAAUAUAACAAAAGUAUUUGAAAUGGAAUCUAUAGUUUGUGAUGUAUUAAAUUUCAAUUUGAACAUUUUACAUCUUAAUGAUUCUAUUUAUAUAUUAAUACAACUUCUCAUUUCCUAUAUAAAAGAAAGUCUUGAUGUGGAUGGUAUAAAUGAAUAUAUUGGUAUAAUAUUAUAUAUGUUAAAAGAGGCAGAAAUGAGUGCAUUAAUAAUGAAUGAAAGUCCAUCAUUAACUUUCUUAUAUACACCACCACAACUUACAUUAUCAAUAAUUCUACAACUUAUUAAAAAUACUUCAUUAUCAACUAUACUCUCCAUUGAAUCAUUUGUAUUGAAAUUAUUGAAUGGAGAUGAAAAGAAUUUAAUGAAAUUAUUAUCAUUAACACAAUCAAUUAUGGAUGAAUAUAAUGAGUUUUUGGCCUUUAGAAAUGAAUUAAAUCAAUCUAAAGCACUCCCUACUCCCAAGUGUAUGGUAAUAAGUUUCUAUUCCCAAGUCUAUACUAACAAAUCUAUUGAAUAG